AUGGAAAUUAACCUGUCUAGAUAUGCAGAGCUGGAAUAUGGCAAAUUUAGGCAGAAAGAAGAGUGUGUGUCCUAUCCAUUUUACUGCUACAUGAAAGGAUCAUCCAGGCUAGGUAGAUGUCUGAACAUAUUCUUCUUCACCUUUGAGCAAACCACCACCACUCAGGUAAAAAAAUGGUGGCAUUCCAGCCCCAUCUUCCCUAUUUGACUCAUGAUCUGUAACGCAGUUUGCUAACCAAAUCCAAUAUGAUGCAUUCAACACAGCAAGCUUCAUGUGUGUAGAUUUUACUAUCAAAAUGAGGUUUCACCCAUUCAUAAUGUUUUCACCCCGAGCUCCCACUGUGUUGAAGCAAGUGACAUGAUUGACUUAACUUUCCUCCUGGCUGUCAGGUAUCACCCCAGGCAGAAUUCUAAUUUUCUCGGAUUUCUUCAUUUAGAGAUUAUUCCACUUCACCUAUUUACAGCACCAUUCCACAGCAAACACAACCCUCAGUCUGACUGCGAUGGUGUAAUGACGGCGUUUCACCUACAUUUGUUGAACCGCAUGCUGAGCAGUCUCUUGUCUUCAGCUCACAGCUGUGUUAUCCACAUCCAAACAGAGAGGUAACUAAAAUCUUUAUGUCACGCAGCUUACUCCAUUCUUGCAUCCAAGAUGGGGAGCGUGAUGUUGUGCUUGUGUGAAGCUUGCGGGGAGUUCUAGAAUAAUCUGAUUGGCAACGUAGAGAAGAGAAUGGUGGACUAGAUCAGCCUUUGCUCUGAUCCAGGAGAGCGCUCAUUAUGUUCUUGUGAAGAAGUUUUUAAAAAUCCCUAGAAGCCUUUAGUGUGCAAAAGGCCAUCCUUAGGCAUCUAUUAGAAAUAACUGAGGCCAUGGGCCAAGGAGUUCUUUACACAUGUGGGAAGAAACAACUGUGUUGCAUUCUUUACUGCAUUGCUGAAGGGUCAAGUUGCUCCUUAUAUCAAUUUGGGAAGCAAUUUAACCAGCUCCCUUUUGUAUGUCAGUGAAUAAAUACUUGUGGCCAUGUUAGUUCACGUAUCUUGUAUUACCUUUUUUAAAAAAGGAAAUGCACAGCUUCAGCUCUCUACUGGUGUCCUUUUGAAAUAUUUGGAGAUCUCUCCUUCCACGAAUCAGAAGGAAGGAGAAUAAUAACAAAGAUUCUGUGAUUCAUAAUCAUCAUGACCAUUGUUUUCAAAAAUGUGCAUAUUAGGUGAAACUGCUUACAGUAAUGCGUUUAUAAGUAGAAUUUUAUACUAAAAUCUGAUGGAUUUUCAUGAGGAUAUUUUGAUUUUAAAAGUUUGCAAGUUGGUGCUAAAAUGUGGACAACGGAAUUUAAGAUUGCAGAAAUGAGAAACUGGGAACUGAAAUUGAUAGCUCCUAGUGGCUUUGGCCACAUUUUGGCACUGAACUCCUGUCCCCACUGGAAUGUGGUCUCUAGAGAGUUGAGCAAGGGUGAACACAGCCCCAGGGCUUGGAGGGGAAAGGUUCAGCACACCUGCCAUGUAAUGUGCAUAAAAUGCUAUGUUUGUAUGCAUUGUGUAUGAAACUUAAUGAAGGUUUUCAUUUGACCUGCAGCAUGUGCAAAAGAUGUUAAGCUGCAAAAAGAGGGUGGAAUGUUUGUUUCAAUGUUAUGCUAAUUAAUUGGCUCAUUCCUGAGAGUCUGGGUCUCGCUCAAAAGUUGCCAGUAUACUGAGGAAGCAACUUGUUUAUCUGAAUCUCUCGCUGGGACCAGAGAGUUCCUGGACUAUACUGACAAGUAAAAACUUAAGGAAAACUGAAUUGCAUUACUGGUUGUUUAAGAGCAAUGUGUUGAUUUGUGUUUACAACAGGUUUCUUUGUAACAAGUUUAAGGAUAAUUUGCAGUAAAACUUUGAAAAUCUUUCUUGGCAUGAAGAGCUUAGUGAUUCAUAGUGAUUCAUAUUGAGCAGAAUACUGCUCAAAGUCCAGAUCAGGGAAUUCCACUCACAUAACAUGCAGUAUGGGGGAUGUCAUGAGGUUUCAUGGGAAAGAUAGCUUCUGAGAAGCGAUGGAAGGAAAGAAGAGAAAUGGCAUUCAGGGAGGCAUUUUCAGGUAUAACGAUAAUCACAAGAGAAAGCAGAUGUCUGAGAGAGCCUUGGACAAGGUUGUUGGAGCAUGAGGAGUCAAGUUUGCAUGCCUGUUCCCAGUGAUUCCCACUGAUGUGGGUUGCCCAGGAGGAAACAGGGCAAACUAUAGCAACUGCAUGGUUCCUUCAUAUGCAUAUAAAUAAAACUAAAUUAGAGAACUACCAGCCUGUAAAGAAAACAUGAGAAAGGGCAUGACAAGGUGAGAACACAAUUUGUUAUCAGUGAUUGCUGAAAGUGUCAUGAAGGCCUGCUUUCUAGGAAGAUGGAAUGAGUGCAUCAGAGAUGCUGCAAUAGCAUGUCGCUGAGUGUUGUGUCUUCUCAUAACUCAGGAGGCACAUUGUCACUUCUUAAGCUGCCUGCCAUAUUUUCAUCCACCUUCCCUUCUUCAUUCCAUCAAUCGUUGCUGUGAACCCUAAAAACCAAACCUGGCAAUGCUGCAGGAAUUAUUUUGCUGGGUGGGGGAGGGAGAGAGCACUCGCAAAAGACAUUUACACUUAACUAGAUCUGGAAUGUGCAUAACUGUUAUCAUUUACUUUAGUUAUUCAUUUAGAUUCUAACAUAUGGUUCCCUCUGGGGGGAAGAAAAGUAAUGAACGCCAGGCCCCAAAACAGGAGACCAGUGGAGAUAAACACAAGGUUUUAACUAGAGUACGUAGCACUUAGAUAGUGGAACUGAAAGGCUGCAGACAAGCUGGUGAGUUACAUGGCACGAAGCUUUUAGGUUCCCUGUGGCUUCACACUAUUCCCUUCCUACUUCACAAUUAUGAGGUUAUGAUUGCAACUGGAAACAAAGAACCAGUAUGGCUUUGUAAAUGGUUCGUGGGUUUUUUUCCCCCUUAUCAUUUGUUAAUCUAGAUACACCUAAGUGCCUGUGAAUACUGUGCAUUCCCUGUAGAAGCAGGUCAUUAGUUCACUUACUAUAUGUUUUGUAACAGCAAUCCACCCCCUCCUCCAUUUGUUUAAAAGCCUCUGAAAAGAACAAUGAUGGACAGACCUUUCAAGACUUUUAGCAUGUUUUCUACUUUAAAAACUAAAUUUGCACUGUUAUAGAAUUCCUAGGUCCCUCCCCCCAAAGCACCAAGCAGUGCAAGAUUCUCUUGACCAUUUUGCUGUAAAGAAAAGUCUGGUGCUUGCUUUAUUUCAUCAUCAUUUACAGUGAUCUAAGUGCUUUUAACCCUGUCAAUUACCUGCACGCUGCCAUCCACAUGGUCCUUUGAAGACUGCCCACAUCUCACCUUAAACGAGUCUCCUAAGUAGUUCUAGUGGGGAGUUAUUAGAGAUGGAUGAAGCCAUCUCUUUCAAGUCUGUAUCACUUUUGCUGGCUUUUACCCAUAUAAUUCCAUCACUUUCAAGGAUUUUUUUUUAAUCUCAAAAUAUGGGUGAUGGGAGUUGCCCUUCCUCUCCCCCCCCCCCACAGCCCCUGUGCUCCCAAAUCUGCCCCAGAGAGCCCCCAGCCCUCCAAAGCUGAUUUGGUAUCCAUGCAAGGAGCCGUGAAAGGGAAGAGAGAAAGGACAAGUUACUCUGCAUGAGCAGAAGCCCAUUCCGUUCACAGCUGGGCACAACUGGAUGUCACCCUAAAAAUCCACAUGCAUAUUUACGUAUUUGGAAAGAACACACAUGCACAAAUUUUUAUACAUGUUUUAUCUGAUAAUAGUUAUUUGCUUGUUUUGUACCUUGUCCUUACUCCCAAAGGAGCCAAAGGGUGGCAAACACACAAAUGAUAAAAUAAUCAGAACAACUAAGAAGUGGAACGACGUCAUCAGAUAAGCUAUUCCUAUAUAUGGACAUGCACACAAACACCCCACCACACACAAACACUCCCAAAAACUAAUAAGGAAAGAAACGGAGUUUUAAAAAUAGCAUGGGAAUGAAGGGGGAGUUGUAGCACAUGAGAAGUGACAUUACAGGAACUGUCCAAUAAGUGCCACGGGUGUGAUGCUAGUGUACCCACUUAGCUACAGGGCACAGACAAAUGGAACACUUGCACUUUCUUGGAGAUCAGGGUAAUCACAUUUUUUUCCAGUAGCAGAAAACAGCAAAAUUAAUGCUGUGAAAAUUUCCAUGGUACUGAAACAUUAGCAAAGAAACUUGGCAAUCGUUGCAUUUUUCUUUUUUAAAUCAUUUGGAAACAUUGCUAGAAAAGUUGUUUAACACCUUUAUGUUCUACAUCAGUGACUUUGUGUGUGUGUGUGUGUGUGUGUGAGAGAGAGAGAGAGAGAGAGAGAGAGAGAGAGAGUCAUAUGAGUAUCAGCCACUUCUCUUCCACCCACUCAUGCUUCCUUCCUACUACCCAAUUGUUCCAAAAUAUAUUGUCAGCAGACCCUUCCUGAAUGUGUGAGUCAUUAUGUCUUGAAGUCCUAUGAACUAAUCUUGUUUAUUUUGCCCUCACAGUGUUCCAUCCGAUUCCUGUUCAUCAAUGAAGGGCCCUGCAGCACAUUACUAGUCCUGUUGUUUAAUGUAAUUCGAUCAAUCAGGUAAAACAAAAGUUGCAAAUUCCAUUUCAUGUGGUAUUUCUUCAUUACAGUCUGUCAAAAAAGGGUUAUAUUUACUGACCGAUUUCCUAGUACUCUUUUAUAUUGUAGCCAUUUAAUUGCUUUGCUUUAAUAGGUUUUGUAACUUUUUAUGAGCUAACUCUGAAACCUGUUUAAGGACAGAGUAUUCACAUUAAUAAUAAUAACAACAAUGUUAGAUCAUUUGUAGAACGAAAUAGUGGUUAGCAGGUCACAAUACUGCAGUGACAACUUACAUGCGGGCGAAUUCCCCUGGCAGGUUCCAGGGCAGCUGUGGAAAACUUUUGUGCCUCCAGAUGUUCCUGAACUAUAACUCCAUGAUCCCAGGCCAUUGAUGAUACCUUCUGGGACUUCUGGGAGUUGUAGUUCAGCAACAUCUGAAGGGACAAAUGUUCCUUGCAUCUGUUGUUGAGAAGGGGCAGCAGACAUUUUGCCUCCCUCUUCUGCUUAGAAUGAAAGGGGUGGUGGGUGUCAAAUUGUGGCAUCCAAUGAAAUGUCAAUAUUUUCUAGCCCUUCUUGAUGUAGCUGAAGCCAGGAAUUGAGCAGGAAUCAUGUUGUUGUUGUUUAGUUGUUUAGUUGUGUCCAACUCUUUGUGACCCCAUGGACCAGAGCAUGCCAGGCACUCCUGUCUUCCACUGCCUCCCGCAGUUUGGUCAGACUCAUGUUUGUAGCUUCAAGAACACUGUCCAACCAUCUCGUCCUCUGUCGUCCCCUUCUCCUUGUGUCCUCCAUCUUUCCGAACAUCAGGGUCUUUUCCAGGGAGUCUUCUCUUCUCAUGAGGUGGCCAAAGUUUUGGAGUCUCAGCUUCACGAUCUGUCCUUCCAGUGAGCACUCAGGGCUGAUUUCCUUAAGAAUGGAUAUGUUUGAUCUUCUUGCAGUCCAUGGGACUCUCAAGAGUCUCCUCCAGCACCAUAAUUCAAAAGCACCAAUUCUUCGGCGAUCAGCCUUCUUUAUGGUCCAGCUCUCACUUCCAUACAUUAUAGACCCAUAUAAUUUCGUGUAUUUUAAUGACAAGAGCUUCACUUUAAAAGGAUGUAUGUCCUAAAAAAAAAGGCUCCCACCACAAGAGUUAUUGCAGACAGAGCUUGAAACAGAUUCAUCCCCAGCAGCUACCAUAGAACUGUAGAGUUGUAAGGGACCCAAAGGGUCAUCUAGUACAACCCCCCGUUAUGCAGGACUUUCAGCUAAAGCAUUUGUGACAGAUGGCCAUCCAACCUAUGCUAAAAAACUUCCAGUGAAGAAGAGUUCCCAAUCUCCCGAGGGACACUGUUCCAAUGUUGAACAGCCCUUACUGUCAGAAAGUUCUUCCUGAUGUUUAGUCAGAAUCUUCUUUCUUGUAACUUGAAGCCAUUGGUUUGAGUUCUACCCUCCAGAGCAGGACAAAACAAGCUUGCUCCAUCUUCCCUCUGACAUCCCUUUAGAUAUUUAAACAUGGCUACCAUAUCUCCUUUCAGUCUCCUCUUUUCCUAGCGAAACAUACCCAGCUCCUUCAAGUGAUCUUCGUAAGGCUUAGUUUCCAGACCCUUGAUCAUCUUGGUUGCCCUCCUCUGCACACGUUCCAGCUUGUCAAUAUCCUUCUUAAAUUGUGGCACCCAGAACAACUGCUACUACCAAUGAUAUGGGGGGAAUGUAUAGUUCGCCCACGUUAGCACAAUGCCCCGGAGCAGGUAGACAAUUGUUUGUGCUUUGACCUUUAUGCUUUGGGCUGAUCACUACUUCCAAUUAUUUAUUAUUAUCAAUAGUCCUACAUAAUGCAGAUUUGGGGGGGGGGGAGGAACAAAGCUAUUCUUUUUAAAAAAACAUUUAAAGAAAAUAAGGUGGAAAUGUUAUGUGAACUACACAUUGGGUUGUGUUAGACUAGCUACAAUGUGAAUAUUAAGGUUUCAAGAUUAAUGUUGCAUGCACAAAACUCAGUUUUUAUCCCAGUUCAAAGAAUCAUGCAUACUUAAAAAUAAAAUAAGAGUAGGCCCCAUAGUGCAGUUGCAGUAAUAGUUCUUGGAGGUUGAAUACUUUUACUUUCAGAGAUUCAGUGCAGGGAAACUGGCAAAUAACUCUCCACAAUAACAGCUGAGGACACCGACAGUAACUUUUGGGGGAAAGAAUAGGAACGAUUUAUUGAACGCGUCUUUCUUUUGAUAUAAACAAGAAAGGUCAUGACUUUCUAACAAAUAUAGUGCUCUUGCUGGACAUGAUUUCAAAGAUGGAGAGAUUGCUAGGAAGUGAAUAUCUGGAUAAGCUUUCUCUUCUUAUCUGCAGGGAUGUCGGAAUACCAGAGCUUAUACUUGACCCCUUUUUUUGCCCAUUGUACUUCACACUUUUGAUCUGAUUCUGCCAAGGCACAUUGCAAUAACACUCUACAGUAAACAACGGAACCUGUCUGUCUUUACCCUUCUCCUCCUGCCCAGCCCUUCCCCCAGAGACAUUCUCUUGAGAAGUGCUGUGGGGGCUUUCGUUUCCUUUGGCAAUUCUUUGUGAGCUUAUUUAUAGAACAAGUUGCUAUAAAAAUAGCUCCUGAGUUGACGCAUUGGUUGUUCUCUAGGGUGAGAGCUGACCUGUCCCUUCUUGCUGUGUUCUCUGCUGGCUGAAACAGGCUGAACUUCCAAAAGGAUUUGUGGGAAUAUUCCACAACAACGUAUAGGGCCAAGCGGCAUUUCUGAACACAAAAAACAAUCUCUUUCGUAUAUUCCAUAGGACGGGAUUCGCUAAUGGAUCAUAGCUUUCUCUGAUGUGUACAUCCACUGCUGGACAUUUCCUACAAAGGAAGCUGCCUUAUUCUGCAUCAGACAAUUGAGCCAUCAACCUCAAUAUUGUCCACACUGACUGGCAGUUGCUUCCCAGGGUUUCAGACAAUCCCCUGCUGAUGCCACAUAUUGAAUCUGGGACCCUUUGAAAACAAGGCUACAGCCCUUCCUCUUGGUGGUGUUCUACAGAGUAUUGACAUCUAGCCACUCUCACAACUGAUUACAAAGUGUAUUCACACAACAGGCUUGUUCGUGUGCAGUGCAGCGAAAUGCACACAAACUGCACUGAUUCUGCUACAUGAAUAGGGCUGGGUGAUAUAUCGAUAUACUGUCCAAAUCCAGUUUUAAGUCCAUAGCAUGAAAUUGGUUUCAUCAUUUUUGACCUGGCAAUAUAUCACGAAUCACGAUGUGUAGGUGUGUGCGCACGCACUAUGCAAAAAUCACGAUGCAGGAAAAACUGCUAUUUCAAAAUGCGAGGUGCAGGGGGAAGCUUGGAAAAGCUUGGUAGCUGCUGACUGAUCAUUUGAAGCUCACCUCCAGCUCAUCGUUGAUAGACCUGCUGAGAGAGAAGGAAUAAUCAACCCAAGAAUGAAGGCAACUUUCAUCUGGUUAGCAACUAACAUUUACUUUUCCAGUGUUAGAGUUUUACUGACUAUUGGUCCAAAGACGACACUAGAAAAGUGAGGUCACCUUUAAAAUUUAGCCCUUGUUUUGACACGGCCCUGGGAGCAAGCACCUUGUAUAUUCUCAUUAAUUCAAUUUCUAACUCACCUAUCCUCCAUGGAUUAUGAGAAAUUUCAAGAUGGUCUCUCUUAUAGGCAGUGACCAGACCCAGACUGGUUUCAUUUCGUCGAGGUUAUUGCAUCAUGUUGUCAGUUCUUAUAUGUGAAACUAUAUUUCAGCAGUGUCAGGCUAAUCAGUGAUUUUUAUCAUGCUGUAUAGCUCCACACGGUGGUUGUGUGGCUGCAUGGGGAACUGUUCAAUGGCAGCAGCUUACCAUGUGAGUCAGACUCUUUUCUCAAAGCCACUACACAUGGCUGAAAAAACUAAAAAAAAAAAAAAACCUUUAGUAGUGUGUUCAAAGCCACCCGAUUUGCAUUGUAAAUCGAUGCACAUGCUUUGGUCUCCCAAGACCAAGGAAAUUGGUACUACAGAUGGGGAAUCAGAUUAUGGCCUGAUCUGAACAUCAUGGUAAACCAAAUUAUGGUUUACUUGGAUGGAUUGCAUGAAUGAGUUGGAUCCUAGAGAGCAGCUCACACCCUCUGUGCUUCUCCCCAGUCCCUUUAGUGCAAUAUGGUGCAGUAUCUAGGCCAAAGUUUGGCUCAGCAUGCUAUCCAACCCCAAGGUCAUGAUUAGACUCUUUCCUCCUUAACUCCAAUCUGUAGUCAAGGCAUUAGCCCAGGAGUUAGCAGGUCAUUUUGCAGAAAGAUUUGGAAAGAUCAAUUUCCCAAGCAUCUUCUAGGGCACGAUAUUGCCAAUUCAUUACCCUGCUGUUAGCUACUGGGCUAUGUUCAAGGUGCUGGAUUUUUGUGAAUAAAGCUCAAUACAGCUUGGGACCAGGAUAUCCGAAAAUGGUCUCAUCUCUUUAUAAACAUAAUUGAUCACUGUGCUGCAGCUGAGAGCCUCCUGCAGAUGCCAUCAGGAGAUCUGUCCUGCACAAUGUAGGAAUUGGGUCUUUGGCAUUGUGGCACCUACCACUUGGAAUUCUCCCCUCUGGAAUAUAACACAGCUGCUGUCACUAUUGUCUUUUCAGUGACUACUGAAGACCUUCCUCCUUUAACAAGACUUUAAAGUUGUUCUCUUUCCCAGUCUGUAUAUGGACUGGAAUUGUUUUUAUUAUUAAUAUUACUAUUUAUUGUUUUAUCACUUGUUGUCUGCUGCCCCUGGGCUCCUUUGGGAGGAAGGGUGGGAUAUAAAGGGAAUAAAUAAAUAAUCAAAAUCAAAUAUUAGAGGGUUAGCGAUGCAAGAUGCUAAAAAAUCAAGGUUUGUAGCAUUAUUCUGGACCUUUGUUUCUCCAGAUUGUGCUCUAACUCCAAAACAGCAAAUCUGCAGAGUUAUUUUAUUGCCUCUCUGUUUAUGUUUUAGUGAACAAUAA